AAAGUCAUUCUAGAGUCAUGUCUCCCACAAAUGUCACUGUCUUUACUAAAUUCUACCUGCUGGGAUUUCCAGGACUGCAUCCACACUAUUAUGGAGCCGUGGGAACCCUUUUGUUCUUUGUCUACUUGACACUAGCAGGAGGAAAUCUCUUUAUCAUUUCAUUUAUUGUUUAUGAGAGAAGCCUUCAGAAACCCACCUAUUUAAUCUUCUGUAAUCUUGCAGUGUCUGAUCUUGCUUUUGGAACUGUCACGCUGCCUAAAGCCAUUGCAAAAUACUUUUUCAAUAGCAGUGAGAUACCAUUUUAUAGCUGCUUUGUGCAGAUGUUUUUUGUUCACUGCUUAGGGUCUAUUAACUCUUUCCUAAUGCUAUUAAUGGCCAUUGAUCGGUUUGUUGCAGUGUGUAACCCACUGAGAUACUGUGUCCUUAUUACAAAUAAGACUAUUUUAUUGGCAUGUGCAUUGAUUUGGAUCAUCUGUAUUCCAUGGCUGACAGUCAUUGUUUAUCAUGCCUUCGAUGAGCCCUACUGUGAUUCUAAUGUAAUAACCCAAAAUUACUGUGACCAGAAUUCGAUAAUUAAACUGUCCUGUGGAGAUGUAAGGCACAAAAAGUUUUUUUCAUUUUCAUGUGCCAUGUUUGUUCUUUUGGGCCCUUUGAUUUUUAUUAUAUUUUCUUUUAUUGUUAUCAUCACGUCUGUUUUCAAAAUCACAGAUGUUCAGGCCCGUUACAAAACGUUCUCAACUUGCACUCCUCAACUACUUAUCAUUUGUCUUUACUAUGUGCCCAGAUGUGUUGUUUAUGUGCAUGAUGUGACAAUAGCAAUAUCACCUGGCAUUCGUGUUAUUUUAAUCAUGUGGUACAGUCUUCUCCCACCUGUUGUCAAUCCAAUGAUUUACUGCUUCAGAACCAAAGACAUCAAAGAUGCAUUGAAGAGAAAAAUUAGAGAUAGGAAAGUGAACAUGCAGAUAUGAUGCACUAAAAUAUUGAAAUUGCUUUAAUAUAAUAGAGUCCAUUGUUUACACUUUGCCCUGUUUAUAUAUUUAUAUAAAUUGUAAUUCUCUUUUUUCUUAAACAUAAUGAGAAUCAUAUAUUGACAUUUAUGAAAUAGUGAAUAUUUUCCCUGGUGUACAAUUUUAGUAAGUAUAUUUUAUUGCCCACUUUUUAUUUUAUUUAUUUAAAUAUUGCAUAUAAGUUGUAGAUAGAACACCGAGAACUCACUCAGUUGUAUUAUAGUUUAGUUAUGAUCUUCAUUUAAUUCAAAGGUAUCUUUCAUUCAUGAAAUUUUCUAACACAUUUUCUCAUCUACUCAGCAUUUAAUUAGUCAAGUCAUUAUCCAGUGUUAUAUUGUACAAUAAUAGUAAAAGAAAGCUGAUGGUAAAUUUGGAAGUUGGACUGAAAUGUAAAAUAAUAGCUAAUGCAAUUUCUGUUUCUGCUUUGGAUAUGUCUAAAAUUAAAGUGUACUGCUUUUGUAAAUAUAUUCUUCUAUCAUGGGACAUUUAUAUAUACAUGCAACACAUUAAGUGUAUGUUUAGUGUA